AUGUCCAAAGUAAUUGUAACCGGAGUAACAGGUAAUGCUGGCUCAGCAGUGUUAACAGCAGCCAUUGCGUCUCCGACGAUAUCAUCAAUAGCUGUUUUAUCUAGGAAACCACCUUUUGAAACAUCUUCCAAAAUCAAAUUCAUCCAAUUACCUUCAUCCGAAUAUCCAAAAGGUUUUGAUGAGAUACCUACUAGCUUAAUAGAUGACUUGAAGAAAGAAGGGUACCUCAGUUGUAUCUGGGCCUUGGGAAUCAGUCAAACUCAAGUUAAGAAAGACGAAUAUAUCAAGAUCACCCAUAAUUAUACACUGACAGCUGCUAAAGCGUUUUCUACGAUUGGUACGAAAGAUAAACCAUUCAGAUUCAUCUUCAUGUCUGGAGAAGGAGCAAGACAGGAUGAAAAAGGAUACGCGAUCUUCUCUAAAAUCAAAGGUAGAACAGAAAAAGAUUUAUUGGAAUUCAGUGAGAAAAAUCAAGGAUUCGAAGUAGCUUCCAUCAGACCUGGAGGUAUAAUGCCCACUGCCGAGCAUCUACCUCGACAGGGCUUCUUGAUGAGAAGUGCCUCGAGAGUUUUCGGAUCGGUUUUUGGCGUUGUGAUGCCCUCGAUGAUCAUUCCAGCAUCAGAAUUAGCUGUAGCAUGUGUAGGUUUAGCGCAAGGUAAGGGAUGGGAUCAAAGAGAUCAUCAAGGCGUUAUCGAAAAUGCUACAUUAAGGCAGAUGGCUCAAGAUUGGAUAUAG